GAAGCCUCAGCGCCCUCUGCUCCCGCACCUCCCCGAGCGCCGCCGCCACCUCGCCGCUCGAAGCCCGCAGCGCAGCCAUGGCGGAGCAGACCGAGAAGUCUUUCCUCAAGCAGCCCAAGGUUUUCCUCAGCACAAAGAAGGCUGACAAGGCUAAGAGGCCUGGCAAGGCUGGCAACCGUUUCUGGAAGAGUGUUGGCCUUGGCUUCAAGACCCCAAGGGAAGCCAUUGAGGGCACAUACAUCGACAAAAAGUGCCCAUUCACGGGUACUGUUGCCAUCAGGGGCAGGAUCAUAGCUGGAACAUGCCACAGCGCCAAGAUGAACAGGACCAUCAUUGUCCGCAGGAACUACCUCCACUUUGUCAAGAAGUACCAGAGGUAUGAGAAGAGGCACUCAAACAUCCCUGCUCACAUCUCCCCAUGCUUCCGUAUCAAGGAAGGCGACCAUGUCAUCAUCGGCCAGUGCAGGCCUCUGUCCAAGACCGUCAGAUUCAACGUCCUGAAGGUCAUUCCAGCUGGAACCACUGGUGGUGGGAAGAAGGCUUUCAUCGCUGCCUAAGCUUAGACUCUGAUUCAUGAGUAGUUCAUAGUCAGAAGUUUUUCGCACUUAAAAAGACCUACCAGGCUGGUGUUUUGGUAUUUGAUUCCAUAUUUUCUGUCAGACUGAAGUCUCUCGUCAUAUGAACGUGUUUGUGGAAUCUAUCUAUCAUUAAGAGUUUUGCUUAAA